AUGAAGUAGUAGUUAAAUACAGAUAAAAAUUUAGUACAAGAAGUAAAAAACCUUUAUUAUAACUCUAAAUUAGAUGAAUGCAUACAUUUAGUGGAUGAAAGUUCUAAUAUUUAGUAGAUACAAGAGUAUUUAAUUGCUAAUUUGUAUAAAUCUAUUUGUUUUUUUGAGCAUGGUUAAUAUAAAAAUGGAUUUUAAAGUUUUGAACAGCUGAUUAUAACAUUAAAAGAAGCUAAUAAAACUAAUUAAUAUGAUGAAAUAGAAGUUUUAAUUAGAAGCUUCUAUUAGUGGUAAAUAUUUUUUUAUAACGCAGAUGAAGCUGUCAAGCAUAAUUUAGAAUUCAAAAAGAUAUUAGAUUCCUAUCAACAACUUUAUUAGCAUUAGUAGAUAUAUAACGAAGGAGUGUACUUUUUUGGAUUAGGUACAUUUGAAAUGAUUGAGAUGUAUGAUUUAGAAGAAUUAAGUCUCGCAACAGACUUAUUAAUUAAAGCAAAACAACUAUUAAAUGAAUAUGAGUAGGAUCUUAUACCUUUAAUUAGUUGGACUUAUUACCUAAGUGGAAAAAAUAAUUAAUCUUUAGAGUGCAUAAAUGAAUUAUUUGCUAUAAAUCCUAAUUUCCCUCAAAUUUUGAAUUAUAUUGCAAUAUAUUGCAAUAGGUUAUAAAAAUUAGAUGAAGCAGAAAAAUAUUAUUUGUUGAUUGUUGAACAGUCACCUAAAAAUACAAUUUUCUUAAACAACAUUGCAUAGUUUUAUUACUGUCAAGAUAAAAAAGAUCUUGCAUUAUAAUAUGUGCAAAAAUCAUAUGAAAUAGAUAAAGAAAACUCAUAUUCUAGUACACUCUAUGGCUAAAUUUUAACUGAUUUAGGUGAUCUUAAAAAGGCAUAGGAAAUUUUAGUUUAAGGAAUUGAAUAUAAUCCUUAAUAUGCAGAUCUUUUUUCGCAGCUAGCAAAAGUAGAAUAAAAAUUAUAAAAUGAAGAAGGGUUUUUAAAAAAUCUAGAACGUUGUAUUUAAAUAAAUCCUUAAGAAAGCUUUUAUUAUUUGUAGCUUGGAAUAGGUCAAUCUACUUGCGGCUUAAAUACUUAAGCUUUGACUACUCUCAGUAAAUGUUUGGAACUGAAGUAAUCAAUUAAGCAUAAGCAUUAUACAUAUUCCUGGUUGGGCUUUACUUAUUUGAGUAAAUUUGAGAUGGAUUAGGCACUUUAAAAUUUUUUAAAGUGUCUUGAUUUAAAUUUACCUCCUUAAAUCUAAGAGACUGAAAUAUAAACAGUAAACUAUUUGCUGGAUUAAAAAGAAUUAAGCUUGAAUUUUAAGACUUAACAAAUCAACUAAAUGUAAAAUUACUUUUUCGAAAAACUAAGUGUUUUAAUAGAAAAUAUGCAGAAAAGCUAUAUUUAAGUUUUUUUGAAGAAAAAAUUGAUAGAGUAUAGUUAAUUGUUAAGCUUAAUUUGCUAUAAAUAAUAACUUUAGGAUUAGCUAAAUUUCUAGAGCGGUAUUUAACAUUGGGAUUUAUUUAUUGAUUGA